AUGAAAGAAGUGGUAUUUAAUAAAAAAACGGGUAAAAUGAUUGCUAAUAGUGAGAAAGAAUGUCCAUCUCACUUGAAAGACAUAUCUAAUAAUGGAAAUAUGAGUUAUUUGUUAUAUAUUUAUGAGAAUAGAUCAACAAGGAAAGAUGAAUAUUUUGCUAAAGAAUUAGGCAAAACGAUUCAAAAACAAUGUUGUACUAUCUUCUGCAAUGGUCGAAAUCAGAGUCAAGCAUUCGAACUGCUCGAUGUUAUUCGUGAUAUAAUACUCAGUGAUGCACACGAGUAUGAAGCGAUAUUGGAUACGCAUAAUCUACAUGAAUGUAAAGAAUUUAAUUUUAAUAAUUCAUCAUACGUGCCAAAACUGGGUUCUUUAGUUACAUCAGAUGAAUUUCAAGAUCUCGUACAAGGAAUUUAUUCGUGUGCACCAGGUGACUACAUUGCACGAGAAAUUCCUAUCGACGAUGCUGCAAGCGAUCUGAAAGAUUCGAAUAUCACAACAGAUUAUCUACCAGAAUAUUACCAUGCACGAAUUGUUAAAUUGGUCGAAGACCAUGCUAAUGAGUUUCGAAAAAAAUAUCAAGUUGAAAUUGAAUUAGGAAAGUAUGAAAUAAUAAGUGGUAUUUAUUUGUAUCGAUUUAGCUCUUCGUCAUUCCAUGAAAUACAAACAAAGAAUGAUGGCGAUAUGAAUAAUGAAGAAAUGAUGGUUACAAGUAUGCCGGUAACAACAAAAGAUAAAGCACAUAAAUUUACAUGUUUAAAAACAUUAAAAGAACAAAUUGACAUAGAUGUAAAACAUAUCAAAGAUUUGUCCGAAAAUGAACAAGCAAUAGGGAUUAAACGGUUAAUGUUACGUUAUCAUCCAGAUAAAAAUUUAGAACAAAUAUAUUUAUAUACAGAGGCGUUUAAAUAUUUGAAACAAUGUAUUGAUCGUUUAAUCAAUGGAAACAAAGUAUUCAAUGAUUCGGCUAAUGCAGAAGCCCACAGUGAUCGUUUUACAAGUUCUUCUAAUACAGGAUUCACGUACGCUGGUAGAAGAACAAAUUUUUCUUGGUAUUUUACUUCAAGAAACUAUUAUGAUACGAAUUCCCACAAAAGAUAUAGAAGAAGAAGUGGUAGACGUCAACAAAAGAAUCCUCAACCAUCUGUUGCACGAAAAUGGUUAUUGCAAGCAUAUUAUCAUUUAAGAACAUCACAUGAAUGUCGAAGGAGUGGCGUUUAUUUGUGGUGUUGUAUUACAUCCUACCAUGUAGCAAAUGAUGUUGUUCAUAGUAUUAUGAUAGCCGACGAUUACAAUACUGUAAAAAAAGCUUCUGUACUUUCAGAAUUAGUUGCUCGUUGCAAAAAUAAUCGUGUUAGGGAACUGUGUACAUCACUUCUACAAAUUAUAUCUGAUUAUGAAACAGAAUGGGAUGAACAUUUUUACAAGAAAUAUUCUUCAGCCGAUGCAGAUAGAGCUUGUCAAUUAGCAGAAGAACUUUGCAAAGAAGCAGCAAAGUCACCUGAUAUAAAGGAUUAA